AUGGUUAAUACCGCUAAUAAUCCCACAAACACUAUCCCAAAAGCUAGCACUCCCCCAUCCCCUCCCCCUCCCUAUUCUCUCUCUUUCAAACACACCGCCGAAACACACACCGCCUCCUCCGCCGCCACCGCCGCCGGCGGAGGCGGAGCUUGCGCGGUUUGCAAGCACCAGAGGCGGAAAUGUCCGCCGGACUGUCCGCUGGCCCCACAUUUCCCAGCUUACAAGCAGCGGGACUUCUUGAACGUACACAAGCUCUUCGGCGUGAGAAACCUCACUCGAGCUCUCGCCGCCAUCGAUCAACGGAAAACGCACGACUUCAUGGUGUCCGUGAUCUACGAAGCCAACGCCCGCGCCGCGGAUCCCGUCGGCGGCUGCCUCGGCUUGAUCCAGAAUCUCAACCACCAGUUGAAGUAUAGCACCAUAGAGUUGGAUAUGGUAAACCAACAACUCGCGUUUUAUCGUCGGUCCAGACAAAUGGAUCCACCGAUUCAACUCGGAUCCAGUAGCAACACUCCAGAUUUCAUCAGAAAUGAUCAUCGAUUUCCUUAUUCUUCAUCGGAGAAACAGCCAUUAUAUGAUGGAGAAGUUGUUUCAUUUGCAGGAUCAGUAAAAUUGAGUGAUGAGAUUGGGUUGAUAGACAACUCAAUCAAGGCAAAGGAAGAGGGGGAGGAGGAUUUGAAGAAUGCAGCAUCCAAGUUUUCACUUAGAAAGUGA